AUGAAAAAUCCAGAUGCAAAGAACCAGACUUUUGGUGGAAAAACAGUGCUGCUAGGAGAUGAGUGUAGACAGAUUUUACCUGUAAUCCCACAAGGUAAUAGAGCUGACACCGUCUUAGCUUCUAUAAGUCAGUUGUAUCUAUGGGAAAGCUGCCAUAAGUUCUCCAAGAAAACAAAUAUGCGAGUAAAUCAGACUGAAAAAGAGUUCUAUGACUGGGUGCUAAAGGUCAGGGAGGAUAAUCCACCGACCGCAGCGACAAAUGAGUAUGAUGAACACCAUGAACAAAUGGUCAUUAUCGAUGAAGAGUUGGUUAAUGAGAUUAAUGAUUGCCCUCUGAAACCAGUAGUGGAAACUGCAUAUGGAUAUCUGAAAGGGUUAAAAGCAUUCCACACCUACGACACUGACAGAGCUAUACUCACACCGCAGAACGAAAAAGUCGACGAAAUCAGUGCUUAUAUCAGUUCCCAUACUGAUGGGGAAUCAAGAGAGUAUUUCAGCUCAGAUAGCUUUGAGAUAUCAGAAACUCAUUCUGAACAAAAUGAUACAUUAUACUCUGCUGAGUAUCUCAAUUCUUUGGAAUUCCCAGGUUUUUCAUCAUAUAAGCUAACACUCAAAAUUGGUGCCCCCAUUAUGCUUAUGCGAAACCUUAAUCAAAAAGGAGGCCUAUACAAUAGUACUAGGCUAAUCCUUACUUAG